UAACUGUCAAUCUUGCAAUGUCUCCUGGGACUUGUAGUUUGGCAACAGCUGGAGGGCCAUCAGUUUGACACCCGUGCACUAGGAGCAAGGGUGUCAAACUGGUGGCCCUCCUGCUGGUGCAAAACUACAAGUCCCAUCAUGCCUCUACCUUUGGGAGUCAUGCUUGUAACUGUCAAUCUUGUAAUGCCUCAUGGGACUUGUAGUUUGGAAACAGCUGGAGCACCGCCAGUUUGAUACCCGUGCACUAGGAGCAAGGGUGUCAAACUGUUGGCCCUCCAGCUGGUGCAAAACUACACGUCCCAUCAGGCCUGUACCUUUGGGAGUCAUGCUUGUAACUGUCAAUCUUGCAAUGCCUCAUGGGACUUGUAGUUUGGAAACAGCUGAGCUGGAGGGCCGCCAGUUUGACACCCGUGCACUA